ACGCAACGGAAGCCCCAGUUUGAACGCGGUAGACGGCAAUUUUGAGAAAAUCGAAAAGAAAAAAAAAAUACAAAGAAAACCGUAAAAGAAACAGAAACAUGUAUUCAGUUAAAGUUCUGGCUUUGUGCGUGAUCAGCUGUUGCUGUUGUUUGGGCAUCAAUGCCAAGCUGCAGGAAAGAUUCUCAUGGACACAGCUGACCUUCGACUGGCCCAGCGCAGAGGCCGAGACGGAGGCCAAAACCAGCGGCCAUUACAUUGCGGAGAACAAUUUACCGCUCGGCGUCGAGCGCUGGGAAAACAAACUGUUUGUCACUGUGCCAAGAUGGAAGGCAGGCGUAGCGGCUACACUGAACUACAUUGAUCUGUCGACCAGUGAGAAAUCACCGAAACUGCGUCCCUAUCCCAGCUGGGAGGCCAACAAGCUGCCAAUUGAUGUGCAGCCACAAGAGCAGAAGACGCCAGCCGGUGGCCGCUUGGAUGCGGAGAAGGCGCAAGAUGCGGGUAUACAAUUACAGGACAAUGCAACCAUUAUUUCCACCUUCCGCAUUCAGGUGGAUGCCUGCGACCGUCUGUGGGUGAUGGACACGGGUCUCGCCGAUAUUUUGGGCAGUCCCAAGCAGAUUACACCCAAUUCGAUUUUGGUGUUUGAUCUGAAAACGGAUCAGCUGCUGCGCCGCUUUGCCAUACCCGCCGAACAGACCAAGGAUCAGACGUUCCUUGCUAAUAUUGUGGUCGAUGUGGAACGUGAACAGUGCGAUGAUGCGUUUGCAUAUGUCCCAGAUUUGGGCGCAUAUGGCGUCAUUGUCUAUUCCUAUCGGGAUAACAAAUCCUAUCGUGUUAACCACAAUUACUUCCAUUUUGAUCCGCUGCAGGGUGAUUUCAAUGUGGGAGGCGUGAAUUUCCAAUGGACCGAUGGCGUUUUCGCCUUGGCCGUUGGCCCACUGAAACCCGAUCACACCAAGGACAUAUACUUCCAUGCGCUGGCCAGCACCAAGGAGUUCAAGGUCUCCAAUCGCGUGCUCCAAAACGAGAGUUAUGUCAAUGGCGGCCAUUCCUAUAAUGAUUUUAAACUUGUCGGCGACCGCGGCAUGAACGGACAGUCGACGUCCGAGGCGUACGACAAGGAGACAGGCGUAUUGUUCUACACGCAGGUGAACAAGGAUGCCAUCGCUUGCUGGAAUAUCAAUCGUCCAUAUACAGCGGAUACACAGGGACUUAUUGAUUCCGAUUCGCAUACUUUGGUCUUUCCCAACGAUCUAAAAGUCGACAGCACUGGCUCACUCUGGGUGCUAUCCGACAGGCUGCCCACCUUCUUAUACAAGGAGCUGGAUCACACGGCCGUCAACUAUCGCAUAUUGACCGGCAAGAAUCGUGAUCUUAUCAAGGGUACACCAUGCGAACAGUGAGCCUUUGAUUGUGCGCAGUUAAUUUG